CUCACUGUCACUGAACAUCUUUUCCUCUCAAUCUCUCUCUUUUUGCUUUUUGGUCAGAAAGUCAUUUGGUUUCGUGUUCUAUUAUUGAGGCAUGGCAGCUCUCUCCCCUGUUUCUUUUCAGCUUUCUUUCCACAGCUUUUGGAUACCAUGAUUUUCUUCCUUUAGUGUUUCGCUUCUGGUUUCUGACUUCUGAGCUCUUUCUGGGCUUUGCUCGGAUGCAUAGUAAUGCUUUCAUGCAUAUCUACACAUAUGGAUUUCUUUUGUUUCCGUGUUAACGCCUUCCACUCUGUUUUCUUCAUAUUUCUUUAUUGAACUUUCUCUUUCUUUCUUUUUUGCAAGAUUAUAUUUUUCCUGAUUUUCUUAUUGAUUACUCUUAUUAUUUUAAUUGAAGACCUUCUUCCACAGAAAGGAAUAAACCCUUUUUAAACAUCCGCCCGCAUUCAAUUUGAACUCUUCUUUGGCAUCUUUCUGCCUUAUAUUAUUGCUUCCUUCUCCUUCUGUGUGUGUGUUUGUGUGUCUCUCUCUCUCUCUAGCAGAUGCUGAGUAAAGCCAACUCUGGUUUUCAACCCCAGUAUUGAAGCCAACCCACUUAGUUUUUGAGUUGUUUUUGAGCCUCCAACCAUAAUUUAUAUUGUAUAUUGGUGAAGGGAUUAUGGGGUUCUUGAAAGGUGUGGAUUUUGCUUGGUUUCUUGUUGCCAUGUUGUCGCUAUUUGCUGUAUUUUCGAUGGAUACUGUGAGUGGAAUUGGAGCUAACUGGGGAACCCAGGCAACGCACUCUCUGCCAGCUUCAACAGUGGUGAAGAUGCUGAAGGAUAAUGGGUUUCAGAAGGUUAAGCUUUUCGAUGCCGAUUCCACGAUUUUGGAUGCUCUGAAGAAUUCAGGGAUUCAGGUGAUGGUGGGUAUUCCUAAUGACAUGCUUUACACUUUGGCUAAUAGUGUGCAAGCAGCUGAGAAUUGGGUUGCCAAGAAUGUGUCAGCACAUGUCUCUUCCAAUGCUGUAGACAUCAGGUAUGUUGCAGUUGGUAACGAACCAUUCUUGCAAACUUUCAACGGAAGCUUUGAAGGAAUAACUCUUCCUGCUCUUCAAAAUAUCCAGGCAGCCCUUAUAAAAGCUGGUUUGAGCAGUCGGGUUAAAGUCACUGUCCCCCUAAAUGGUGAUGUAUACACGAGUCCAACAAAUAUCCCUUCUCAGGGUGACUUUCGUGCAGACAUCCAUGAUCUCAUGGUGCAAAUCGUUAAGUUUUUGAAUGACAAUGGUUCUCCUUUUACUGUCAACAUCUACCCCUUCAUCAGCCUCUAUGAUAAUCCCAGUUUCCCCGUCGACUAUGCCUUCUUUAACGGCUAUUCCUCUCCCAUAGAUGAUAGUGGAAGGAUCUAUCAGGACAUGUUUACUGCAAACUAUGAUACCCUUGUUUGGACCUUACAGAAAUAUGGCUUUGGAAACUUGUCCAUAAUUGUUGGAGAAAUCGGCUGGCCUACUGAUGGAGAUAAAAAUGCAAACAUACCGUAUGCUCAGCGGUUCAUCCAAGGUUUCAUGUCGCACUAUCUGGCCGGGCAGGGGACCCCAAUGCGAUCAGGCCCCUUAGAUGUUUACUUGUUCAGCCUUAUAGAUGAAGAUGCCAAAAGCAUUCAGCCAGGCAACUUUGAACGCCAUUGGGGGUUGUUUUACUUUGAUGGAACACCCAAAUACCAGCUAAACCUUACGGCAAACUCUAACGGUUUGGCGGCGGCGAGUAGUGUACAAUAUCUGCCCCGACGAUGGUGUGUCAUGUCACCGUCAGUGAGUCUCGACGAUCCACAACUUGCAGACAGUGUCAGUUAUGCUUGUCAGAAUGCUGAUUGCACUAGUCUUGGAUAUGGGACUUCAUGUGGAAAUUUGGAUGCUCGUGGGAAUGUCUCCUAUGCAUUUAACAGUUACUAUCAGAUACAAAAUCAGCUGGACACUGCCUGCAAGUUCCCAAACCUUUCAGUUGUCACAAAUACAGACCCUUCAGUUGGAGACUGCAUAUUUAGGAUCAUGAUCAAUGCGCCUGCCGGGGUGGCGAAUGGAUUGGUGAGCGGAGUUGGAUCACUUAAGCUGCCUGUUGGUUUGUUGCUGUUUCUGUUCUUGUUUGUCUUUACAUUUCUGUGAUUUUGCUGCUUUGUACUGUACAGUACACUACUGGCUUCAAUAUAUAUAUAUAUAUAUAUUUUUUUUUGGUGUAGAUAGACUGUAAUAUUUUGAAGUUCUAGAGAUUUAAACUUACA